ACAACGAACGCAAUAACAAUAUAAUAUUAAGAGUAUAACGCACACGACUGACAACCAUCGCAACGAGUAUUUAAUUUCUGUCGUUAUUCUAUUCGAAAAGUGUUAACGAUGUCUUCUACCGAAGUGGACGAUUACGAAGAGUACAACUACGACCAAGACAAACUGGUCAACAGCGGACACAGUGGUAAAAAUAGGAGCAAGAAAGAAGCUAGCGAGCAUACCAAUCAUUCAGAUCCCAAUGGACACACUAGGAAAUUGCUUACCAAAUUGCAAAACACCGAGACGCACAAGAAGGAAGAAAACGUGAAACCGCAUCCGACCACCAAGAAAUAAACUGCCAAAUGCUAUUACUUCUCCACUAUCUCUUUUGGUUUUUUUUUUUUUUUAUACAAAAAAAAAGUAUUGUAAUAAAAAAGUAUAUUAUCUAAUAAUCUAAUACCAUUGGCCAUCAAGGUUAUUUUUUUCUUUUAACUUUAAGUAAGACCAUUAUUUCAUGUAAAAAAAAAAUCAUGCAAGAUUCUCAUACUGUAAACCUAAUAUUUCUGGUUUAUUAUUUUCUUUUAUUCUUUAUCAUAAUAUAUUGAUGUUAUGUUUUUUUUGAAAUGUUUCGAUACCAUCAAUAAUAUUUUGGUGCAUUUUGAAUACACGUAAGUUUAAGAAAA